GCUGUCCAUGCUUUCUGGGACAUGUAGUUUUGCAACAGCUGGAGGCACAUUGGUUGGGGACCACUGUCAUAUAUACCUUGGCAACAUCAUGUAAAAAAUGGAUGCUCCAACGUAUAACCUCAGCAUUGCUUUUCACAGGUUGCCAACACAUACACCGACCACAAUGUGAACCUACCACAACUUCAACACUUUUGCUAAUGAGAACUUGUCAGUCAGAAGACUUCUGUGCUCCAACAAACAUGCAUAUAAGUGUCGCCAAUCUGUAUCUCUUACUACUGUGAAACUACAACUCCCAGAAUGCACUGUUGAGAGUAGAAGUACAUUCCCAGCUAUGCUGCCCCAUUAUGGUGGGUGUAGGUACUGUCAGUCUCUUCCACACUCCGGAGCCCCCCGCCGCCUUCUCUUCGCAUUACUUUGGCAUUCCCGCCAGCUGAGCGGCUGUCAUGACGUCACUUCCGGUGCAGGGCCCGCCGGGAAGCCUCCUCGCCCGCCCUCUCCCCUCAGCCAUCCGCAGACGCUAGGUGGAGGCCGCGGGCAGCCAGUCUCCCUAGUACCGACUAGCUGUUCAGGUAUGGAAGCUGAGGAAACGAUGGGCUGCAUUCAGGAAUUCCCAGACCACUAUAAAGUGAUGAUGGACAGGUUAAAUGAGCAGCGGGAACUCGACCAAUUUACUGACAUCACCUUGAUUGUGGAUGGACACCAGUUUAAAGCCCACAAAGCAGUCCUUGCUGCCUGCAGCCAUUUUUUCAACAAAUUCUUUCAGGAUUUUACAGAAGAGCCCUUGGUGGAAAUAGAAGGAGUGAGUAAUGUUGCCUUCCGACACCUGAUAGAAUUCACAUAUACUGCGAAACUAAUGCUACAAGGGGAAGAAGAGGCCAGCGACAUAUACAAGGCUGCCGAGUAUCUCCAGAUGGCUGAGGCCAUCAAAGCACUUGAGUUCAGGAACAAAGAGACCAUAGUAAUCGAAGAAAAGCCACAAGAAGAAAGAAGUAUUAAGAAAUGGAAGAUUUCCGACACAAGCAAUGUCAUCACCGAGGCUUUGCCAACUUCAGAGGGCGAACCGGUGGAGAUUGAAGUUGAAAUCACUGAAGGAACAAUAGAAUUAGAGGAGAACAUGGAGACUCUGGAAGCCGUGACGUCACCUGAUCAGUCUGUGAAAUACAUUCAGAGUACAGGCACAUCAGACGACUCUGCCCUAGCACUUCUAGCAGAUAUUACCAGCAAAUACCGCCAAGGUGAAAGAAAAAGGCAGCUGCAAGAAGACAGUGCCAAUGAAAGCGAUGCUGCGGGCAAACAGGUAGAAGGCAUAGAAAUUAUGGAAGUUCAUCUGUCACAUGUCAACAACAUGUUCCAUUGUCAGAAAUGUAAUCGUUCAUUUAAAUUGUUUUACCAUUUAAAGGAACACAUGAAAUCACACUCCGUUGACAAUUUUAAGUGUGAAAUAUGCAAUAAAAGCUACGUACGUGAAAUUGCCUGGAAGCAACACCUCACCUGCUACCAUCUAGAAGAAAGCGGCUCCAGCAAGAGGCCAAGACAAGGCAAAAAAAUCCACGUUUGUCAGUACUGCGAUAAACAGUUUGAUCACUUUGGACAUUUCAAAGAACACCUAAGGAAACACACAGGUGAAAAACCUUUUGAAUGUCCAAACUGUCAUGAGCAUUUUGCAAGGAACAGCACCCUUAAAUGUCACAUAACAGCCUGUCAGUAUGGCGUUGGUGCAAAGAAGGGAAGGAAGAAAUUGUAUGAAUGUCAGGUCUGCGACAGUGUUUUUAAUUGCUGGGACCAGUUUAAAGACCACCUAGUUCUUCAUACCGGUGACAAGCCCAACCACUGCACGCUGUGUGACAUGUGGUUUAUGCAAGGCAGCGAACUAAGGAAACACCUCCGAGACACCCAUAACAUCUCAGAGGGAAUAGUGACUGAGGUUGUACUUCCAGCCGAUCAAUCAGAAGUGGAGGCUGUGUCUUCAAUGGCGUAUGUUGAACAGGUGGAACAAGUCCAUAUGGUGCCAGUCGAUCAAGUUAUUCAAGUUCAGGUUGAUCCACCUCAACUAACUGUAGGUCACUUGCACCAAGAUCUCCUAGAAGUGAAUCAAGUGAAAGGUGCACAUAUAUUGGAUCUACAGACUCAGGUACAUAUGGGUCACAUAGAGGUAGAGCAUCUUCAGAUAGAACCAGGAACUGAGGUUCACGUUGAGGAAGUACAUGUUGAACAUGUCAAUCAGAUACAUAUGGAAGAGGUGGAGGCAGAACUUUUGGAUGAGUCUAAUAUUCAACAUAUUGAACAAACUAUUGAGGAACAAUCCUGCCAAGCAGAGGUGGCCGGACUUCAUCAGAUCGUCCACACGGGAGCAGAAAGCAUACAGAUACGACAUAUAGACAUGGCACAUAUAGAAGCUACAGCUGAAUAGGACAUUUCAGCUUAAGUGGAAAACUCAGACUGUUGGCCGAUAAGUUGAUGUUUUUACAGCAUUUAAUAGAAAAUAUUCCCCAUCUAUCAGUCCUCAAAUGCCCAGAGCUAUGGUCUUUCGUUUGCGUAUGAAAAAGGGAAUGAUUGUGUCACUUCCAUGGAUAUUACCCAAUGUUUUGCUUCUAAUCAUCAGAAGUAUUCCUCUUCUGCCUACAUAUCCUGACACAAACCCUGACUGUUUUGGUCAGUAAUGUUUGGUGGUGUAUGAGGGGUUAAAGGAAAACUCCAGUCUGUCACUUCUGACGUAUUCCGUGCAUAUAGUGGUUUUAUUCUCCUGGCAUUUGCUGCAGUUUUAGAUUUAUCUAUGUUCCACGCUUCACUCCUCCUUCUAUUAGACCAGUCAUUUCCAUUCAUGGUGGGGAACAUUCAGAUUUCACGUAUUUAUUGUUCAAUAUUCAAGCUCUUUCAUCAUUAGUUUCCUACAAGUAAUAGUAUAUGUUGACUGGAAUUUUCCUUUUAAUAUUUGUAAUAUGAUAAAUAUUCUCCUCUUGCUAAUGUAAACUGACCAUUGCUUUUUAUAUAUAUAUAUAUAUAUAUUUUUUAACCAGACUACCAACAGUAGCACUUACGCCUCCAUUCUACUGUAAGGGGUUAUUGGGUGGUAAAAAGAAAAAGAAAAGGCUUUACGCAACCACAUAGAAAGUACUUCCUUCAUCUUAACAAAUAUUCCUUAUGCAAAAGUUCAAGUUUUAGUUGGAGACUGCACCUGGUCUUAGCCUUUAUGCCAGUGUUUCCCAACCAGGGUUCCUCCAGCUGUUGCAAAACUGCAACUCCCAGCAUGCCUAGACGGCCUUUGGCUGGGAUGCUGGGAGUCGUAUUUUUGCAACAGCAGGAGUCACGCUGGUUGGGAAACACUGCUUUAUGCACUCACUGAAAGACCAUAAAUCCCACAGUUCUCCUUGUGAUCUUUUUACUACUGUUCACUUUAUUUUUUACUCGUACCCUCAUCAUACUCUUAUUUAUACUAAUACAGAGAUGGGUUAAUCUGACUCUGGCGGCCUCCUGACUUUCUCCCAACAGAUGAUAUCGGAGGAGAGAAGAGUUGGGCUGUGUUGGCUUUUUUCCACCCAACCCUAUUCUGGAAGAUAUUGUCUGGCACCCCCACUCCCUGGGUUUGGGGAGGUCCAGUGAGAGAACUUACGGCCAAACAUUUGGCUAUCAGUUAUUGAAAGGGUUUGGUCUCCUUUAGCAAAUAAAGUCAGAGUUCCAGAUGUUACUAGUAAGGUGCUGACACACAGGGUGGGGGAGUCCGCUCAAUGCCAUGUGGUGUUUAAUUUACCAGGAAACUACAGAACCUCAGGACCAUGUGAUCACUGCUACGGAUAGGGGAUAAGUUGCUGAUGUGGGGGUUCUAGCUCCUGGAACACCCUGAAAUCUCCAAAAUCGAUGAUUAACCCUCCCCCCAAUAUAAUCAGCAACUUUUCCCAAUAUUUACAAACUGGAGUUCCCCUUUUUGAAAGUUAGUAAAAAAAAAAAAAAGCAUUUUUAAGGAAUUUUUAUUUAUUUAUUCAUUUUUUGCCCCAAAAAAUGCCUUAGUCCCACAGACUUUCAAAGGAGCAGCAGUGCACAUGAGGGAUGGGAGUCCCAGUGGUUGGAUAUCCACCUAUUCUUGGAGCAGGUGAAAUGUUUUCUUUAUUGAAUACUCCCUAUAACCCAAAGAGUUGGAUGGAUGUGGGUACAUAGCUGGAAGUCUGGUUAGAAAGCAACCCCUUUAAAUACACAAUCUUGAGGACAACUUGAUCUAGUCAGUGGCCAAAAAUAGCUCUUACGGGUUCAUGAAAACAGAAAUGCAAGACUACGCUAUCUUCAUUAGACAUGUAUGAGAUUUUAUUAGUGCAUGAAAAAUGAAAACCCAGUUGUUCUCCAUCUCCCAGUUCUGGGAGCUGAGUAGGAGAUCUGAAGUAUGUAGCCUGUAUAAGAAGUUUACACUUAUGAUUUCAGGGUCUAUUGCAGUGUUUCCCAACCAGGGUGCCUCAAGCUGUUGAAAAACUAAAACUCCCAACAUGCCCGGACAGCCUUUGGAAUGCAGGGAGUUGUAGUUUUGCAACAGCUGGGGGCACCCUGGUUGGGAAACACUGGUCUAUUGUAAGCACUGAUGUACUAGUCCAUGUUUGUCUUACAUCAAGCCUUUCUCACAUACAAGCUGCAAAAGGACCAAAGUAUUGCUCUUAUCUCUGGUAAGCACUUCGCAGUGUAUUUAGAGGUCUGUCAUCUUUCGUCAGAUGUGAGGAAUGUACCAUGUAGGUGACACCUUGGCUGUUUACAUAGGUCACAGAGGGUGGGAUGGGAGGAAACCUGUUGCUCCUACCAACCAAUCAGAUGCCAGCUUCUUUUCUGGUGCCAAUAGGAAAAUCUACACAGGGCUCUGAUUGCUUGGUGGAGCCAUUGCCUUGGUUUUCGAUUUCUCAAUGCAGUUUAAAGGGGUACUCCCCUGGAAAACUUUUAUUUUUAAAUUAACUGGUGGCAGAAAGUUAAACAGAUUUGUAAUUUACUUCUAUUUAAAAAUAUAAAUCCUUCCAGUACUUAUCAGCUGCUGUAUACUCCACAGGAAGUUAUUUUCUUUUUGUUUGACCACAGUGCUCUCUGCUG